AGAGAAGAAACAGAAACAACGAGUUUUAUAUAACCUAAAACUAAAGUUUAAAAUGUUCCAGUUCCCAAAUUUCAUUAUAGUAGGAUAUUAUAUUUCAGUAUAAUAAUAUCCGUUAGCAUAAGUGUAAAAUAAAACUGAAGCUUCCUGUGUGACUGUGUUGAAAUAAAAUUUGCAAUUAUGGAAUCAGAUGAGUAUACAGAUGAAACUGAAAGUGAUAUCUCUGGCAGUGGUGAGGACUCUGAAACCGAUACUACUAAGGUUAACAAAAGUUCAAUAAAAAGAAAAAAAGGAGUUGCAAGUGAACAUGGAUUAUCUUCCAAAAAGAAAAAAAGAAGUGAACUGUAUAAACCACCCACAGUUGAAGAAUUGAAUAGCUUGAAGGAAACUGAAAAUUUGUUCAACAAUAACUUGUUUAGAUUACAAAUUCAGGAGUUGCUUUCCGAAGUUAACAUUAAGAAUAAAAGGCGAACGAAUUUAUUGUCAUGGAUAUCGUCUUUUGAGCAGUUCUUAGAUAUGAUGCCUGGUUAUGAUGUUUUGCUCUCCGAUCUGAAGAGCACUAAAAAAAAAGGAGCUCUAGGUAAACUACUCGCAAAACUGUCUGACUACGAGGAAAUUUAUGAGACUGAUCAAGAUGUAUUGCUUAAACUUGUUAAACCUGAGUCGUUUGAAUGUUUUGGAUUGUAUGAAUAUAAUUCAUUACCAGGUCCUUAUUUGUCGAUAGAUAUCAAUUUGAUAAUGCCCACUUGUUGUUUUGUUACAAAAGAUUUUCUUAACAAUCGUUAUUUAACUAAACGUUAUUAUUAUUUGUUAUAUAUUGCUGAGCAUUUAAAAAAAUCUGAAUUGACUGCAACUUUGAACAUAAAAUUCUGUGAAGAAAAUCUCUUACCACUUAUUGAACUCACUACGAAUACUUGUGAAAAAACAAUAAUAACAAUUUAUGUUUCACCAGCUGAUGGAACUUUUAGGCCUGUUAGAUUUUUACCUGAACAAAACAAUGUUAAGUUGGAUUUAUUCAAAUUGAAUAUACCUAAUGAAGUUUUAAGGAAUAGUCCUACUAUAUAUUACAAUAGUGUUAUAGCACAUGAUGCAACUCUACAUGUUAACAUCCAGUUCAUUAAGGAUACUUUGAAAGAUCAAAGUAAUCUUCAUGAUGGUAUCAAACUGCUUUGUAUCUGGUUGAAACAGUAUGAAUUGAAUAAAGGGAAAGGUUCAUUUACAGAAAAUUUGAUUGUGUACAUAAUUGUUUACUUAUUUUCUAAACGAAAAAUAAAUAGGUUCAUGAGUUCAUAUCAAGUUAUAAGAAAUUUUUGGAAUUUUAUUGCAAGUACUGAUUUACAAAAUGAACCUAUCAGCAUUGCAAAUACUACGUCAGAAGUUCUGAAUAGUUUCAAGAAAUUUUUCAAUGUUGUUAUUUUAGAUUGUACAGGCUGCUAUAAUGUUGCAUGUUUUUUGAAUUUCGAAGUAUACAAGAAAAUUAAAGUAGAAUGUCAGUCAGCACUUAAACUUCUUGAUGAUAAUAAAACAAAUUCAUUUCAGCAGUUGUUUCUCACAAAGUAUCCCUUCUAUCUACAAUAUGACUUGGUAAUAGAUUUGACAAAGUCUCUACCUUUAGAAAGUAAAAUCAGUAAAAGUCAUCAAGAAAAGGCUUUAUAUGUAGGACAUGAAGAAUUAUUAACAACUGAUCAUAUGUUGAAAUUUAUCCAGAAAGCUAUGAAAGAAAGGGUACUUCUCACAGUGCCUAGAAUCGAUUUACAUCACCGUUCUAUAAAACACUUCUUAAUUGGUGUGAACUUAAAUCCAGACAAAGCAUUCAAUUUUCUUGAAUUGGGUCCUGCUUUGAGUGAUCACAAAUCAGCAGAUGACUUCAGAAAGUUUUGGGGACAUCUUUCUAGUGACAGAAGAUUUAGAGAUGGUAGCACAAAUGUAGCAGUACAUUUCAAAACCAAUACAAUGAAAGGAAAACGAAAUAUAAUUAAGAAGAUCUUGCACUACAUUUUUAAUGAAAAAUUGGAUGUAAAAUUCAGUCUGUACUACGAUGAACUAGAAGAUGUAUUACUAAGUAAAAACUUGAUUCCAUCUUAUCCCUCUGGUACAAAUGAAGAAACUUGUUUGAAGAUUAUUUGGGCUUGUGAUGAACUUGGAAAAAAGUUGAGAUCUCUUCAAAUGUCAUUGAAAAUUACUGAAGUUCAAGGAAUUGGAGAUAUUUUCAGUUUCACAGAGGCAUUUCCACCAAUCCCCGCCAAUUAUAAGGCAGAACACAGCUCAGCAGUAAAAGGAAACAGUAUUGUUUUUUCCAAUGAGAAUGUGGACCUGGUGCCCCGUUUUAUCCAACCAGUUGAGUGUGUUAUAGAACUUGAACACAGUUCAAAGUGGCCCAAUGAUUUAGAUGCGCUUCGCGCCAUCAAAGCAUCCUUCUACUUAGAAAUGUCAAAAAUUCUUAAUAAGGAACAUGUCAUAAUAUCACAACCAACCGCCGAUUUCAUUGAUGUUUUAUACGAGGGUUUGGUAUUUAGAUAUCGCUUGUAUGUUCCCAGAGAAAUUGGUUUAUUGAAAAAAGUUGCUGCUGAAAAUGGUUUGAUAUGUUUCAGAGAGUCUGAGGAAAGUUUUGAAAUCGAGAAAAUCCUGAGAAUUAUGCCAAGAAUUGUUGGUGCUUUGAAAGGUAUCCAGUCAAUACAUCCCAGUUACGGUCCAGGAACCGUCCUCGUAAAAAGGUGGCUGAGAGCCCAUUUGAUUGACAGUUAUCAUAUCCCAGAUAUUGUGAUAAAUCUUCUGAAUGCAUCAUUAUAUCUCAACGGUACUUCCCCUCCAAACACUCCACAAAUAUCUUUCUUUAGAUGUUUGAAAUUUUUAUCAGAAUUAGACUGGAAUCUGAAUUCAGUUAUAGUCAACUUCAACGAAGAAUUGACCAAUGAAGAGAUUUCUGAAUUAGAAAGUAAAUUACAAUGCAACCGUGAAAGCAAACCCCUCUUGUAUAUUAUAACACCUUAUGAUGGAGGUGCCUCUGUUUUCACUAAAUCAUCGCCUUCUAGAGAAAUUCUACUUAGAAUCAAACAACUUUCUGGAGAAAGUUUAGCGAUCAUGAAUAAGGUUACAAUCGAUCGAGAAGCCAUAGAUGUGAAAAAAUUAUUUGUUCCAAACUUUGAAGGUUAUAAUGUUUUGAUACAUCUCAGGCCGCUAUUGAAUCCAAGAAGACAUGAACAAUUAUUUGAGAACCUAGAAAGAACAGUUGUCGAAAAAUAUAAGGCAUCAAAGGAUGAUAAGCUACCUAUUGUGAAUUUCAAUCCAGUGGAUAUCUAUUUAAGGACAUUGAGAGAGAAUUAUGGACAAUUUGCAAUUUUUUUCCAUGAUAGUUAUGGUGGAAAUAUAGUGGGUGUAUUGUGGCGUCCAAAAGUCUUUGAAAUUGAAGAUUUCAAAGUGUCUCGUGUUAAUGCUGGAAAAAUUAUUGAAGGUAAAAUAAAAUUCAAUAUGGAUGCUGUUAUUGAAGAUUUUUAUAUAUUGGGUAAAAGUUUGGUAAAAACUAUUGAAAUCAGAUGAUAGUUUCAAUAAUCUGAGUUAGUUGUAUUAUUGAAAUUUUUUUUAUAGCAAGUCUAACUUGUAAUUUAUUCAAGGUUUAUAUUAGUUUUUAUAAACAGAUAGCUUUUAAAUAUAUAACAUUUUCAUUAGCA